CUUAAAAUAAUUUAAUUCCCCAAAAUUUAUUGUAAGAUGUCAAAAAUGUAAACAAGUGUCCACAAUGUAAUAAAUCACUAUGCGCGAAUUAACUCAAUGUAAACGAGAUAACGAGGAAACACAAAUUAUCUGAGUGAAAAUGUUGCUUUCGAGACUGAGACUGGUUACUUUCGAUAUAACUGGUACGUUGCUGAAAUUCAAACUGACGCCCGGUCAACAAUAUGGGGAAAUAAGCGCUUUGUACGGUAUUAACUGUGAUGGGAAUGAGCUGAGUAAACAUUUCAAAGAGCACUGGCACAGAAUGAGUUUAGUGCAUCCAAAUUUCGGGCGAGACACCGGCCUAGGCUGGGAGGAAUGGUGGAGGACGCUCGUAAAGAAAACCUUCAAAGACACCAGAGCAAACGUAGACGAAAAGAAACUCGACGAAGUCGCAUUUCAUCUCAUAGAACUCUAUAAAGUCUCUACGUGUUGGCAACUAUGCGAUGGAGUCAGUGGGCUUUUAUCCUACAUACGAAGCAAAAAUAUUCCUAUGGGUGUUAUAUCGAACUUUGAUCCCAGACUUCAUGUAACUUUGACGAACAUAAAACUAAGGCAUUUCUUUCAUUUCAUUCUGACAUCUUAUGAAGCGGGUUUCGAAAAACCGGACCCAAAAAUAUUCCAGGAGGCCAUGGCUAGGUCCAAAUUGGAGGGCUUAAAGCCCGAGGAAUGUUUGCACAUUGGGGAUCAAGUGUGUUAUGAUUACAUCGGUGCUAAAAAUUCGGGCUGGCAGGCUGUUAUUAUAAGUGACACUGAAAUCAGUUCAUUGAAGAAAAAUAACCCCGAGAUUGAGCCCUCGCAUGUAUUCGAUAGUUUAUUCGGGCUUCAUAAACAUUUCAUUCAAACUUCCAAAGAAGAUAUAUUUUCACAAAAAUUAUAAUCAUUAGAAAGACAUGCGUAUUAUUAAAUAAUUUAAAGGCUGUUUUUAAUAAGCUAACGU